ACCUCCCGCUGCACGUCCCCACCAUCGCUGGGGUUUCUGUUUUAUUUAUUGGAGGGGAAAGGGGGGGAAACCAGCCCCCCAAGGUCUCCCUAUGCCCCCCUCUCCCCUUUUCCCCCUUCCCCCUCGUGUCACCUCAGUAGGUAUCUGCUUUCCCUCACCCCGAUGAGAGCCGCUUGCCUCCUCCAACUCUGACAAGACACCAGGAAACCAAGAUGGACUACAGAUCCUCCUUCAGUGGAGUCCCAAGGUUUUUAACCCGGCCGAAGGCCUUUCUGGUAUCUGUGGGGAAAGAUGCCACCCUGAGCUGCCAGAUCAUUGGAAACCCUGUCCCAGUGGUGAGCUGGGAAAAAGAUAAACUUCCCAUCCAGUCUGGGGGGAGGUUUAAAACGGUGGAAGAUGGAGAUCUAUACCGGCUCACCAUUUACGACCUCAGCUUGGACGACAGUGGCCAGUACAUCUGCAGGGCCAGAAACACCAUCGGGGAAGCUUUCGCCGCAGUCAGCAUCAAAGUCGGGGAGGAGACCACCGUGACAGCAUUCGCCCCGUACUUCAUCCAGAAACCCUCCUCCAUCAGAGUCACUUUGGGGGAAGAUGCGACGUUCAGGUGCAAAGUCCAAGGCAGCCCACCGCUCUCCGUGAACUGGGAGAAGGACGGGAGGCACCUGCGGGGCCGAUCGGACUCCAGGCGCUUCCAGGUCGAGUCUGCUGGGGAGUCAAAUGCUCUCACGAUCCAGUGCGCUCGGCUGGGGGACAGCGGGACGUACACGUGCCGAGCGGAGAACCCCGUCGGCCAAGCCAGUGCUACCGCCGCGCUGGUGGUGGAGACGCAGGGUCCUUGCAACCUGGACAGCCCCAGCCAUUUAGACACGGGCUAUGGCAAAACCACCUCUUUGCUGUCGCAUUUGCAAAAGCGGCGGGAGGAAAUCAGGAAGACGGAUCUAUCCAUCUACGGAGUCACGGAUACCCAUUCGUACUCAGCCGCAGAAGGGCUGUCCGGUAUUGGCUACAGCCUCUCUUUAGACUACGAGAGGGCUGCCAGCCUGACCACCAAAGCAGCUCGAAAUGCCACCUUCAGCGUGACGACCCGCACCUGCAAUGUGACAGAGGGGAAGCAUGCCAAGCUGAGCUGCUACGUGACGGGAGAGCCGAAGCCAGAGAUCGUGUGGAAGAAGGACGGCGAGGUGAUUAUGGAGGGGCGCCGGCACAUCAUCUAUGAGGACGAGCAGGAGAACUUUGUGCUGAAGAUCCUCUUCUGCAAGCAGAUUGAUAAUGGGCUUUACACGUGCACGGCCUCCAACCUGGCAGGACAGACCUACAGCUCCGUGCUGGUCGUUGUCAAAGAGCCUAUGGUUCCUUUCAAGACAAAGCUGGAGGAUGUUGAAGUUCGGGAGAAAGAGUCUGCCAUGUUCCAGUGCGAGGUGCCUGUCCCAAGCACAGAGACCGCCUGGUUCAAGGAGGAGACCAAACUCCAGCAAAGCAAGAAGUACAACAUUGAAGAAGAGGGAACGCACCGCCGGCUCACCAUCCAGAACGUCACCACGGAUGACGACGCUGUCUACAUCUGCGAAAUGAAAGAAGGGAGCAGGACCAUUGCAGAACUGACCGUCCAAGGGAACAUCAUUAAGAAGCUGCCACGCAAGACUGCAGUCGGGGUAAAUGAUACAGCGAUAUUCUGCGUGGAGCUGGCCAACGAGUGUCCGAACAUCCGCUGGCUGAAGAAUAAGGAAGAAUUGAAGCCCAGCAACCGAAUCUACAUCACCUCAUUGGGCAAGCAACAUACCAUGAUCAUCCGAGACUGCAAGAUGGAGGAUGCUGGGGAGAUUGCGUUCCUGGCAGACGAAUGCAGAACAUCCACCCAGUUUGCUGUCUGCACUCCCAGGAAGCCUCCCUCCCAUCCUCCAACUAACCCUGUGGUGAAAAAUAAAACAGAAACCUCAGUGACGCUAGCUUGGUCCCCACCCAAGACAGACCGCCCCAUCCCCAUUGACGGCUAUGUCGUAGAACGCAAGAAACUGAUGGGCUUCACCUGGAUGCGGUGUCACGAGUCUCCCGUCCCCGUCCCCGAAUUCACAGUGAGCGACCUGUCGGAAGAGGGAGAUUACCAGUUCCGCGUUUCUGCUGUCAACAGCUACGGGCAGAGCCCUUACCUGGAGUUCCUGGGAUCCCAGCAUCUGGAACCGGCCCUGGCCGUGCGAACUCCACUGACAGCGGUCGAAGCCGUAGCAGGAGGGGAUGCUACCUUUUCUAUUGACCUCACAACCAUUUGUUCUGGCACAUGGUACCUUAAUGGCAAAGCCUUAGAGAGCAGUGACAUCUAUAUCAUUAAGACAACCAAGACCACCCACAUCCUCAUCAUAAAGAACGUGACCAAGAAGGACGAUGGGGCGGAGGUGAAGUUUGUCGCCAACAAUGUUGAAAGCAGUACCAAGAUGAGAAUAAGAGGCGCCGCAGUAAGAAUCACUAACAAGAGCGGCGAUGUGGAGAAAGUCUCGGCUCGGCUGCGCGAGGAGGCCCAGCUGCGGGCAGAGCUCUCGGACGGGGCAGCUGCUGUGACGUGGCUCAAGGAUGGGAACGGGGCAGCUGCCGUGACGUGGCUCAAGGAUGGGAAGGAGCUCAAGGCUGGGCAGAAGUAUGACCUGCAGACGGCAGAGAAGAAACGCGUCUUGAGGAUUCGCGACAUUGCAGCGGAGGAUGCGGGGCGGUAUGAGUGCAUCUGCGAAGGAGAUCAAAUAGUCUAUCAGCUGUCUGUGAAAGCUCUUGCACACUUUAUAAACAAAGAGAAAGCUGCCGGCAUUAUCAAAGCUGUACCUGGAAAGCAGGCUGAGCUUAUUUCUGAGACCUCCGAAGCGAACAUCAUGGUUGAGUGGUACAAAGAUGGCAAAGCCAUCCGCCACACCAGAAAGUUCACCAUGGAAGACAAAGGGAAGUCGCACAAGCUCCUAGUCUCCGCUGUAACGAAAGAAGAUGAGGGAACAUACAAGUGCAAGGUCGGAGAGGACACGCUAGUCUUCGAUUUAAAAGUCUCGGAUGAAGCUGUUAAGUUUGUCAGGAAGCCUACAGCCACCCCCGAAAUUUCCGUCCGUCCUUCUGAGAGCCUGGAGCUGGCGUGUGAAGUGUCGGUGGCAAGCGGAGCUGUGGUGUGGAGGAAGGAUCACGCUGAGAUGAAGCAGGACCAGAGAACGGCCAUCACCGCUCAGGGAACACAGCGCAAGCUCAUCGUCAAGAGCGUGACCCAGCACGACCAAGGAAGCUACACCUGCGAAACCAAGGAUGACAAAGUGUCGUUCCAAGUCAAAGUCAAAGAGACAGAAGAGGUGUUUGCAAACAAGGAGAAGGUGCAGACGGAGGUGAAGGCCACCCUCAAGCAGAGCGCCACCCUAAGCUGCGAGGUGGCCCAGGCCAAGACCGAAGUGAAGUGGUGCAAGGACGGGAAACUGGUGACUGCCAGCAAGAAAUUCAAGGUGGAGUCCGAGGGCAAAUCCCGGCGUCUGGUCGUGCAAGAGGUGGAGAAGAAAGAUGCUGGAGAAUACACCUGUGAGGCGGCCGGCCAGAAGCUGACCUUCAAGGUCAUCGUCACAGAAGUUGAAGAGGUGUUUGCAAACAAGGAGAAAGUGCAGAUGGAGGUGAAGGCUGCCCUCAAGGAGAGCGCCACCCUAAGCUGCGAGGUGGCCCAGGCCAAGACCGAAGUGAAGUGGUGCAAGGAUGGGAAACUGGUGACCGCCAGCAAGAAAUUCAAGGUGGAGUCCAAGGGCAAAUCCCGGAGCCUGGUCGUGCAAGAGGUGGAGAAGAAAGAUGCUGGAGAAUACACCUGUGAGGCGGCCGGCCAGAAACUAACCUUUAAGGUCACGGUCACAGAGCAUAAGGAUGUGUUUGCAAACAAGGAGAAGGUGCAGAAGGAGGUGAAGGCCACCCUCAAGCAGAGCGCCACCCUAAGCUGCGAGGUGGCCCAGGCCAAGACCGAAGUGAAGUGGUGCAAGGAUGGGAAACUGGUGACCGCCAGCAAGAAAUUCAAGGUGGAGUCCGAAGGCAAAUCCAGGCGCCUGGUUGUGGAGCAGGUGGAAAAGAAAGAUGCUGGAGAAUACACCUGUGAGGCUGUGGGCCAAAAACUGACCUUCAAGGUUAUCGUCACAGAAGUUGAGGAUGCCUUUGCAAACAAGGAGAAGGUGCAGAAGGAGGUGAAGGCUGCCCUCAAGGAGAGCGCCACCCUGAGCUGCGAGGUGGGCCAAGCUGAGACUGAAGUGAAGUGGUACAAGGACAAAAAACUGAUCACCACCAGCAAGAAAUUCAAGGUGGAGUCUGAGGGCAAAGCCCGGCACCUGGUCGUGCAAGAGGUGGAGAAGAAAGAUGCUGGAGAAUACACGUGUGAGGCAGCUGGCCAGAAACUAACUUUUCAGGUCAGCGUCACAGAACCCGAAAUUGUGUUUGCAAAUAAGGAGAAGGUGCAGAAGGAGGUAAAGGCCGCCCUCACAGACAGCGCCACCCUAAGCUGCGAGGUGGCCCAGGCCAAGACUGAAGUGAAGUGGUACAAGGAUGGAAAACUGGUCACUGCCAGCAAGAAAUUCAAGGUGGAGUCUGAGGGCAAAUCCCGGUGCCUGGUUGUGCAAGGGGUGGAGAAGAAAGAUGCUGGAGAAUACACCUGUGAGGCUGCAGGCCAGAAGUUGACCUUCAAGAUUGAUGUCACAGAGCCAGAAACAGGUUUCAUAAACCAGGAGAAGGUGCAGAAAGAGGUAAAGGCUACUGUCAUGGAGAACACCAUCCUGAGCUGCGAGGUGGCCCAGGAGAAAGCUGAAGUCAAAUGGUACAAGGAUGGGAAGCUGCUCAUCCCCAGCAAGAAAUUCAAGCUGGAGUCAGAAGGCAAAACCCGACGUCUGGUCAUGCAGCAUGUAGACAAGAGAGAUGCUGGAGACUACACCUGUGAGGUUGCGGGUCAAAAGCUGACCGUCAAGGUUGAGGCAGUCGAAGCUGAAGCAAAAUUCCAAAAGAAACUUGUCCAGAAGGAGCCCAUCGUCGUUCAGGAGCAUGAGAGCAUCACACUCGCCACUUCAGUAACUCCUGAAACUUCUGCAGUUAAGUGGCUUAAGGAUGGGGUUGAGAUCAGGGGAAACAAGAAAUAUGAGAUCAAGAGUGAUGGGGCCUCCAGGACACUGAUUGUGAAGGUGGCUGAGAGCAAGGACACUGCCGUCUAUACCUGUGAGACCAAGAGUGACAAGCAGGAGUUCAAAGUACAGGUGAAAGAAAUCCCUGUGAAGUUUGCAAAGAAACCGGAAGCCGUGACUGCUGAGAUAGGAGGGAGCCUCUGCCUGACCUGUGAGCUGAGCCAGCCCAAGGGGAAAGUGGUAUGGCGCAAGGGCGGCACGGAGGUCAAGUCCAACAAGCGCUUUCAGAUCCGGGAGGACGGUGUCAAGCGGAUCCUGACCAUCACGGGGCUUAGGGCUGACGACGCGGGAGAGUAUACCUGUGAAUCCCGAGAUGACAAAAGCACUGUUAAGGUCACUCUCACAGUCCCCAGAGUGGUGAAGUUCACUACAGGCCUUCUCAACACAGUGUGUGAAGAAGGAAAGGAGGCCAACUUCAAAUGCACCGUCUCUCCCAGUGAUGCUGUGAUUACAUGGCACAGGAAUGGGGUCAAAAUUGAAGCCAGCAAGAAAUAUGUGAUCUCUCAGAAGGACUCAAACCACAGCCUCACCAUCACUGACCUGACCAUGAAGGAUGCUGCAGAAAUCUCAGCCAUAGCUGAGGGUGUGGAAACCAAAGCCAUCCUCAAGGUCCGAGAGGCACCGGUGCUGUUUAAGAAGAAACUGGAGACCAGAACAGUCGAAGAGCUGGACACGGUGACUCUGGAGGUGGAGCUGACCAAGCCUUCAGCAGUGAAAUGGAUGAGGAACAGCAUCGUGCUGCAGCCGGGUGGGAACCUAGAGAUCACAGCUGAGGGGACAAAGCACAGCCUGACGGUGAAGAACAUCACCUUUGCAGACCGGGGCUUCUACUGCUGCGAGGUCCCUGAGGACAAGACCCAGGCCAAGCUGAAUGUGGAAAUGAGGCAAAUCAAUCUGGUGAAAGGCCUGAAGCCAGUGGAAGUCUCUGAAAAAGGAACAGCCGCCUUUGAGGUCGAGCUGUCUCACGAGGACGUGGAAGGAACCUGGAUGAAGGACAGCAUGAGGCUGAAACCAGGGGCGAACGUUGAAGUGAGGGUCCAGGGGAAGAGGCAUUUCUUGAAACUCUCCUCCUUGAAGCUGGAAGACGCAGGCCUUGUCUCCUUCAAGGCAGAAGGCAUCCAUACAUCAGGGAGACUCACUAUAAAAGAAUUGCCUGUGAAAAUAAUCCAGCCUCUGACAGACGUGCAAGCCAUUGCCAAGGAGGAGGCAAAGUUUGAGUGUGAGCUCUCCAGGUCUAAUGCAGACGUCAAGUGGUUGAAGGAUGGAUCUGAGUUGCGGCAAGGUAAAAAAAUGGGAAUUACUUCCCAAGGAACUAAGAGAAGCCUCAUUAUUCACAAGUGUGAAUGUGAUGACCAAGGAACCUAUGUGUGUGAUGCAAGGGAUGACAAGACUUCAGCUAACCUAAGGGUCCACGCCCGAGAUAUCAAGAUCAUGAAACCACUGGAAGACGUGGAAGUGAGUGAAAAGGAAAGUGCAACUUUUGUCUGUGAGAUCUCGCAUGAUGAGGUUCAAAUCCAGUGGUACAAUAAUGAUGUCAAACAGAAGGCCAGUGACUACAUCAAGAUGCGUCAAGACGGAAGGACCCAUUCAUUGAUUUACUCGCUUUGCCAUAUGGAAGAUGCUGGAUUGAUCAAAUUUGUAGCAGAAAACGCAGAAUCUCGAGCACACCUUAGAGUUAACGCACUGCCUAUAAAAAUCCUGAAGCCGUUGCGAAAUAAGAUUGCUUUGGAGAAACACCGGGGUUACCUGGAGUGCCAAGUGUCUAGCCCCACUGCCCAUGUUAGGUGGUAUAAAAAUGACAUCGAGAUCUGCCCUGGCCGUAAAUUCGAGUUUGUGAGUGACGGCGUGUACAGGACACUCAUCAUAAACGAUGCGACUUUUGAAGAUGAGGAUGUUUACACGUGCGAUGCCAUCGAUGACAAAAGCAGCGCUUAUUUUUAUGUGGAAGAGCAAUCCAUCAAUAUUGUAAGGGAGCUGACUGAUGUGGAUGUGACAGAGCCUUGGGAAGCCAGGUUUGAGUGUGAGAUCUCCAUCCCGUCUGUGAAAUCUGCCAAAUGGUUGCUGGAUAAGCAAGUCUUGCAGGCUGGCAGAGACAUCACCAUUGAGCAAGAAGGCACUGUCCAUCGGCUGAUUCUAUGGAAGACCAAUGCCAACAUGACAGGCACCGUUCAGUUUGCAGUCGGCAAAUCAAAAUCUGCGGCUAACCUGCUUGUAAGAGAACUCAACGUGCAGAUCACCCGGAAGCUGGAAGACAAGACUGUCCUGGAGCGCCGUUCUGUCAUCCUGUCCUGUGACUUCAAGCCAUCUCCAAAGGUAGUAGAGUGGUUCAAGGAUUACAUCCCCAUUGAACCCUCUGACAAGCACAAGAUGACCCGGGAAAAGCACUCGGCAGAACUCAAAAUUGUCAAGGUGAGGCCUGAAGAUGCCGGCGUCUACACGUGCAGACCUGGAAAUGCAGUGACCGAAGCCACGCUGACCGUGGAAGCUCGGAUGGUGGAAAUAAUUCAACACCUGCAGGACGUGGAGGUGGAGGAGGAGGACUGCGUUAUCUUCUCCUGCGAGCUGUCUCAUGACGAUGAGGACGUGGAAUGGUUCCUCAAUGAUACCCUCCUCUACAGCAACAAUUACAAUGAAAUCAAGCAGAUCGGAAGGUGCCACAUGCUGACGAUGAAGCAGGUGAAACCAGAGGACGCGGGAACAGUGACCAUCAAGUCUGAGAAGAUCUUGGAGAGCGCUCAGCUGAAGGUGAUAGAGAAGCCGGCCAUCUUCAUGAAAUCCUUGGACGAUGCUGUUGUUGAGGAGUGUGGUGCACUCAAACUGGAAUGCGAGGUCUCCAAACUAAAGGCCAAACCUAUCUGGAAGAAGGACAAUGUGGAGAUCAGCCGUGGUGACAAGUAUGAGCCAAUGCAAGCUGGGAAGACCCUGUGCCUUCUUAUCCGUGAUGUGACCAAAGACGAUGCUGGUAUAUACACGUGCGAUAUUGGUACCGAUGUUGCCAAGUCAAAAGUCAGCGUUCAGGAGCUGAAUAUCGGUAUCACUAAACGCCUGAAGAACACCGAAGUCCUAGAAGGAGAGGAGUGCAGUUUUGAAUGCAUUUUGUCCCAUGAAAGUGUUGGUGAAUUCCAGUGGACAUUGAAUGGGACUAAAGUAGAAAGUGGGGGAAGGUUUAGGACCCCUAGCAAGGGUCGGAAAUACAACCUCAACAUCAAAAAAGUGGCUGCAGCUGAUGCUGGAGAAGUGGUCUUCACGGCUCGUACCUUAAUCUCCAAGGCCUUGCUGAUUGUGAAAGAAAAAACACCUGAGAUUUUAAAGGAGCUGGAGGAUAAGAAAUCAUCUACGGGCCAAGAUGUCAGCCUGAGCUGUGAAUUUUCCAAACCCAAUGGAAACAUGAAGUGGUUCAAGGAUGGCAAAGCUAUCCGGAAAAGCCAGAAAUAUGACCUGCAUCAGGAUGGGGCACGGUCCAUACUGAUCAUCCACGAUGUCACCAUGAAGGACGCGGGGGAGUACUCAUGCGAGAUGGAGGACUCUAAAACGAAAGCGCUGCUCACGGUGGAAGAUAAACCCAACUUUUUUGUUGCGGAGCUUUCAGACCUGCGAGCCGAAGAAAAAGGCGUAGCUGUUUUCACGUGCCAGACGAAGAAAACCGCCCCCAUAGUGACCUGGAGAAAAGGGACGGCAGAGCUCAAGGCCAGCAAAAAAUACGAGAUCAGCCAGAAAGAGGAGCUCCUCCAGCUCACCGUGAAGAACCUCGAGAAAAGCGACAGCGACGCCUACACCUGCGACAUCGGCGACGUCCAGUCCAGAGCCAAGCUGGCCGUGCGAGCCCUGCCCGUCCUUUUUAAGCAAAACCUGCAGAACACGGAAACAGAAGAGGGGAGCACCGUGGCCCUGCGCUGCGAGCUCACCGAACCCAACGCCCCGGUGGUGUGGAAGAAGGCGGGAGCUGCCCUGCAGGCAAAUGCCAAGUACGAGAUGAAGCAACAAGGUUCGGUGGCAGAGCUGGUGAUCCACAAUGCCAAGUCUGAAGAUGCGGGAAGGUACACCUGCGAUACCGGAGACCAGCAGACGACUGCUCAAGUCCGAAUCCGUGCCCUGCCUGCGGUCAUCAAAGACGAGCUGAAGGACGUGGAAGCCACGGAAGGUGGCACGGCCACCCUGCACUGCGAACUGAGCAAGUCUGCCUCUGUGGAGUGGAAGAAGGGGCCCAAGGCUCUCAGGCAAAGCGGCAAAUACCGCAUGAAGCAAGAAGGCACAUCUGCUGAGCUGCUGAUCCGUGAUCUGGACCUAAAGGAUGCCGGAGAUUACACCUGUAUAGUUGGAGACCAAAAAACCACAGCAGCCCUGUCAGUAAAUGCCCUCCCUGCACGCUUCAAAAAAGAGCUGAAGAAUGAGGAGGCCACGGAGAGUGGGACAGCCACUCUGCAGUGUGAGCUGACCAAGGCCGUGGACUCAGUCGAGUGGACGAAGGAUGACAAGGUGCUCAAACCGAGUGGCAAAUACCGAAUGAGACAAGAAGGUCGUUUUGCUGAGCUGAUUAUCCAAGAUCUAGAUUUAAAGGAUGCUGGAAAUUACACAUGUGUCUGUGGCGGCCAGAAGACAACUGCUGCUUUAACAGUAAAUGCCUUGCCUACCCUCUUCCAACAAGAACUGAGGAGCACAGAGGCUAAAGAGGGCGAGGAAGUCACUUUGCACUGUGAACUGAGCAAGUCUGCCCCCGUGGAGUGGAGAAAGGGGCAUCAGGCUCUGAAACCCGGAGACAAAUACAAAAUGAAGCAAGAGGGUCCCUUUGCUGAGCUGGUGAUCCAGGAUUUGGAGUUGAUGGACACCGGCAACUACACCUGCGUGUGCGGAGACCAGAAGACUUCAGCCACCUUGACAGUGAAUGCCCUGCCAACGCUUUUCACCAAAGAACUGAAAAACGAAGAAGCUACAGAGGGUAAAAGUGCCACUCUGCGCUGUGAACUCAACAAGGCUACUGCAAAAGUGGAGUGGAAAAAGGGACACAAGGCCCUUAGACCAACAGACAAGUACAAAAUGAGGCAAGAAGGGGCUGUUGCGGAGCUGGUCAUCCAAGACCUAGAGCUGACGGAUGCUGGAAAUUAUAUCUGUGUGUGUGGAGACAAGCAGACUAUGGCAUCUGUAACAGUACACGCCCUGCCUGCAUUUUUCAAAGAAGGAUUAAAAAACAGGGAGGCCACAGAAGGUGCAACAGCCACUCUUCACUGUGAGCUGAGCAAAGCCGCUGUCCCAGUGGAGUGGAAAAAAGGGCACAAAACACUCAAAACAAGUGACAAGUAUCGACUGCGACAGGAAGGUGUCACGGCAGAACUGACCAUCCGUGAUCUUCAUGUGGAGGAUACGGGAGAUUAUACCUGUGUGUGUGGAGACCAGAAGACCUCUGCAGUCUUGACAGUCCACGCUCUGCCCGCACUGUUCACAAAAGAGCUCAGAAACGAGGAAGCCACAGAAAGUGGGACAGCAACUCUGCGCUGUGAGCUCAGCAAAGCCACUCCCGUAGAGUGGAUGAAGGAUCAAAAGGUGCUCAAGGCUAGCGACAAAUAUAAGAUGAGACAAAAGGAUGUCACCGCCGAGCUGACAAUCCACUACCUGGAGGAACACGAUUCUGGAGAUUAUACAUGCAUCUGUGGAAACCAGAAGACCACGGCAUCCUUGACGGUUCACGCCCUCCCGCCGCGUUUUAAGAAGGAAUUGAAGAACUUGGAAGCCACCGAAAAUGGGACGGCCACUCUGCGCUGUGAGCUGAGCAAGCCUGCUGCUCCUGUGGAGUGGAAGAAGGGAGACCAAGUGCUCAGGUCCAAUGAAAAGUUCACCAUCACACAGGACGGUGCAGUGGCCGAGCUGGUGAUUCAUGAUUUGGAUCUGACAGAUGCCGGAAACUAUACGUGCAUGUAUGGAGAUCAGCAAACCAGAGCUGCCUUGACCGUGAAUGCCCUGCCUGCACAUUUCAAAGUGGAAAUGAAGAAGGAGGAAGCCACGGAAGGGGGCACAGCCACCUUGCACUGUGAGCUCACCAAGGCUGCUGCAGUGGAGUGGAAAAAGAAACAUAAGGUGCUCAAACCAGGUGACAAAUAUACCAUGAGGCAGGAAGGAGCCACGGCCGAACUAGUGAUCCGCGAUUUAGAGGUGAAGGACUCUGGCGAUUAUACUUGCGUAUGCGGAGACAAGAAGACAACGGCCACUUUGACCGUGCACGCCCUGCCGGCUUCUUUCAAAGAAGAAUUACGACGCAAAGAAGCCACAGAAGGUGAAGCGGUCACUCUGCGCUGUGAGCUGACCAAGGCUUCUCCCGUGGAGUGGAAGAAGGGACCCCGAGUACUCAAACCAAGUGACAAAUACAAAAUGAGGCAGAAGGACACCAUGGCAGAGCUGGUGAUCCACCAGGUGGACGACAGCGAUGCUGGUGAUUAUACCUGCGUGUGCGGAGACCAGCAGACCACAGCUGCCGUAGCAGUGCACGCCCUGCCUGCAGUCAUCAAAGACGAGCUGAAGGACGUGGAAGCCACGGAAGGCGGCACGGCCACCCUGCGCUGCGAGCUGAGCAAAGUCGCUCAAGUGGAGUGGAUGAAAGGGAGCAGCUUGCUCAAAGCUGGUGACAAGUACAAAAUGAGACAGGACGGUGCCACAGUGAAACUGCUUAUCUGUGAUGUGGACCCAAAGGACGCUGGAGUUUACACCUGCGUGUGUGGAGAUCAGAAGACAACUGCUGCCUUGACAGUGCACGCCCUGCCUGCACUUUUCAAAGAAGCACUGAAAAACCUGGAAGCCACCGAAGGCGAAACAGCCACUCUGCACUGUGAGCUGAGCAAGCCUGCUCCGGUGCAGUGGAAGAAAGGGGCCAAAAUACUCCACACGAGUGAAAAAUACAGCCUGAAACAAGAUAAUGUUACUGCUGAGCUGAAGAUCCAUGACUUAGGUCUGCAGGAUACAGGAGACUACACAUGCAUGUGUGGCGAGAAGCAGACCAGAGCUACCUUGACAGUGAAUGCCUUGCCUGUGCUCUUCAAGGAAGAACUGAAGGAGGCGGCAGUUGCGGAAGGAGGAUCUGUCACCCUGCACUGUGAGCUGACAAAAGCUGCUCCCGUAGAGUGGAAAAUAGGGCAAAAGAUGCUCAAAGCAAGUAGCAAAUAUCAAAUGAGGCAGCAAGGUACCGUGGCCGAGCUGGUUAUUCAUGAAAUAGAGCUGAAGGAUGCUGGAGAUUACACCUGCGUGUCUGGUGACCAGGAGACAACCGCUGCUUUAACAGUACAUGCUCUUCCUGCUCUUUUCAAAGAAGAAUUAAAGAGUAAAAAAGUCGAAGAAGGAGGAGAGACCACUCUGUCAUGUGAGCUGACCAAAGCUGCUCCCGUGGAGUGGCAGAAAGGCAGCACGGUGCUCAGAGAAAGUCAGAAAUACAAAAUGAGACAGGAAGGUGCCCUGUCCGAGCUGGUUAUCCGCACACUAGACUUGAAGGACUCUGGCAACUAUACGUGCGUAUGUGGAGACCAGCAGACGACAGCCACCUUAACCGUAAAGGCCUUGCCAGCGCUUUUUAAGGAAGAGCUAAAGAAUAAGGAAGGUAAAGAAGGCGGAGAAGCCACUUUGCACUGUGAGCUGACCAAGGCUGCGCCGGUAGACUGGAAGAAAGGACACGAGAUUAUCAAACCCAGUGAGAAGUAUAAAAUCAGACAGGAAGGUGCCACUGCAGAGCUGGUGAUCUGUGAUCUAGAUGAGAAGGAUACAGGAGAUUAUACCUGUGUGUGUGGAGAAUAUCAGACCACAGCUGCCUUAACAGUGCAGGCUCUGCCUCCAUUUUUCAAAGAGGAAAUGCACAGCAAGGACGCCCGAGAAGGUGACACAGCCACGCUGUGCUGCGAGCUGAGCAAGGCUGCUGCCCCGGUGCAGUGGAUGAAGGGGCACCAGGUGCUCCAGCCAGGCAGCAAGUACAGAAUGAGGCAAGAAGGCUGCAUUUCCGAACUGAUGGUCCACGAUAUCCAUCCGAAGGAUGCGGGAGAUUACACCUGUGUGUGUGGAGACCAGAAGACCACUGCUGCCUUAACAGUGCAUGCCUUGCCUCCUGUGUUCAAGAGGGAACUGCAGGACUUGGAAGCCACAGAAAGUGGCGCCGUCACGCUGCGCUGCGAGCUGACUAAGGCUGCUCCAGUGGAGUGGAAGAAAGGGCACCAAGUGCUCAAAGCAAGCAAGAAAUACCACGUGAGACAGGAUGGGGCCAUUGCAGAGCUGGUUAUUCACGAGCUAGAUCUGAAAGACACCGGGGAUUACACCUGCUUGUGUGGAGACCAGCGGACGGCAGCCACCUUAACAGUGAAUGCCCUGCCAGCCCUGUUCAAACACGAGCUUCAGCAUAUGGAGGCAGAAGAAAACAGCGCCGUCACUUUGCGGUGUGAGCUCACCAAACCCAACGUGCCAGUGGGUUGGAAGAAAGGAGCUACCCCUCUCUCUCCUAGCCCGAAAUAUGAAAUGAGGCAGCGGGGCUCCAUUGCUGAACUGGUCAUUCAUGACUUACAACUGGCAGAUUCAGGAGACUAUACCUGUGACUCUGGGGAUCAACAGACGACCGCGGCAGUGGCCGUACAUGCCCUGCCAGUUGUAUUUAAGCAACCUCUUCAAAACAAGGAGGCUGAGGAAGGAGGGACCACUGCAUUAUGUUGUGAGCUCUCAAAACCCAAUUUUCCGGUGGAAUGGAGGAAAGGAGGCCUGGGGCUCCGGCCCAGCAAUAAGUAUGAAAUGAGACAGAGGGGAUGCUCUGUAGAGCUCUUAAUACACAACCUCAGACUAGAAGACACGGGAGAGUACAGCUGUGAUACGGGGGAUCAAGAAACAAAGGCUUUGUUAAACGUGAAAGCCCUCCCAGUUCUGUUCAAAAAGGAGCUCCAGGACAAGGAAGCAGAAGAAGGAGCGUCAGUAAGACUCCAGUGUGAGCUGACAAAGGCCAAUGCAGUUGUGGAAUGGAGGAAAGGCACCGUGGACCUCUUCCCAUGUGCCAAAUAUGACCUGAACUUGCAGGGUCACGUCGCUGAACUUGUCAUUCACAACGUGGAACCAGAAGACGCCUCUGAUUACACUUGCGAUACUGGAGACCAGCAGAGCACGGCAGUCCUCAGAGUGAAUGCCAUCAAACCCCAGUUCACGCGGCAGCUGAAGAACGAGGAAGCGGAAGUUGGAGGAAGAGUCAAACUCCGCUGUGAGGUCUCGAUCGCUAACGCUACAGUGGAGUGGGAGAAAGAUGGUGCAGUGCUUCAGUCCGGAUCCAAGUACGACAUGAGACAAGACGGUACCAUUCGUGAGCUGCAUAUACAUCGCUUGGAGGCGGCGGAUGCUGGAGAGUAUUCCUGCAUUGCUGGGGAGCAGAUGAGCACUGCAGUGUUGACCGUGAAGGAACCUGAUGUGACCAUCGUUAGUGGCCUGAAGAACAUGGUGGUUUUUGAGGAAGAAGAUGCCACGUUUCAGUGCAAGGUGUCUCACGAGAAUGCCAAAGACGUGGAGUGGAAGCUACAGGACGUUGCUCUGCAAAGCAAUGAAAUGAAUGAGAUCUCUGUGGAGCAAGGCAGGGUUCACACUUUGAGACUGAGGAAGGUCACCCAGCAGGAUACGGGCACCAUUGCUUUCAGAGUGGGGCCAUACACAUCCACAGCAGAGCUCACCGUGAAAGCAUUGCCCCCAGUCUUCAAAGAGAAGCUAAAAAACCUAGAUAUGCAGGAGGACGGUACGGCUGUCUUGGCAUGCCAGGUCUCGCAGCCCAAUGUCUCAGUGGAGUGGAGGAAGGGCUCCCAAGUGAUUUCUUCAAGUACCAAAUACGAAAUCAGGCAAGAAGGGAUGACCCAUACAUUGAAGAUUUAUAAUUUAAAACCAGAAGACUCAGGAAAAUACACUUGUGAUAAUGGAAACCAGCAAACAACAGCCCUGUUAACUGUCCAAGGCAUUCCAGCACUAUUUGAAAAGACCCUCCAGAACCAAGAAGCCGAGGAGGGCUCCACUGCCACCCUGCACGCUGAGCUCUCAAAACUCGAUGCGCCAGUGAAGUGGCGAAAGGGCUCAGUCCUGCUCCAAAGCGGUGCCAAGUAUGAGAUGAGGCAGUUGGGAUCUCAUGUGGAGCUCCUGAUUCGUGACGUGCAGCUGAAGGAUGCCGGAGACUACACCUGCGAUUCUGGUGAUCAGCAGAGUACUGCAUCGCUGCUGGUAAAAGCUUUGCCAGUGCUUUUUAUACAACCGCUGCAGAAUCAGCAAGCGGAAGAGGGUGGCACCAUCACCCUGAGCUGUGAGAUCUCUAAACCCAAUGCCCCUGUCAAGUGGAAGAAGUCAGGGAAAUUGCUGCAACCCAGUGACAAGUAUAAGAUGAACCAGUCAGGCCUCGUGGCCGAGUUGACAAUUUGUAACCUGAAGGACGGCGAUGCUGGGGAGUACACCUGCGACACGGGAGACCAGCAAACCACUGCAGCACUGUCUGUGAAAGAGCCAGCAGCAAACAUAGUGGAGGUGCUAAAGGACAUCACCUUGUAUGAAGGAGAGGAUGCCGUGUUCGAAUGCAGACUCUCCCGGGAGAACGUCCGGGAUGUGCAGUGGUGCCUGGGGGGGGUCCCUCUCCAGGUCAAUGAAAUGAAUGAGAUCCAAGUGCAAGGGAAGCUUCACACCCUGACCCUGCGGAGGGUUACGCUGGAAGACUCCGGUCCCAUCAAUGUUAAAGUGGGGGCUCAUACCUCUGAGGCCCAGCUCACAGUGCAAGCCAAGAACAGUAUUAUGCAGGGUUUGGAGAAUGUGGAAGCAGUAGAAGGUGGCGAAGCCCUGUUUGAAUGCUACCUUUCCAAACCAGAGACCUACAAUUAUAACUGGCUGAUUGAUGACGAGCCUGCCAAAACUGCAGAAAACGUUGAGAUGGUUUACUUUGAAAAUGGGCGCAGGCAUCUCCUCCUGUUAAAGAACCUCACUCCCCAGGACAGCUGCAGGGUGACAUUCAUGGCGAGCGAUGCAGUGACAUCCGCCUUCCUGACGGUGAAAGGAUGGCGCCUGGAGUUUUUGAAGCCCAUAGUUGAUACUGAAGUCCUGGUUGAGGACCAAGCUACAUUUAGCUGUCUUUUAAGUGAAGCGGUGCCAGUCAGUGAGAUUGCCUGGUAUAUUAAUGACAUGGAGAUCCAACCUGACGAGAACUGGGAAAUCCAGGUAGAUGGUAACAGCUACAAACUGAUCCUAAAGAAAGCCCAACUGCAUCAUUCUGGAGAGGUGACAUUUGCAUCAAGGGAUGCCAUUGCAUCAGCCAAGUUAUCUGUAAUAGCCCUCCCUGAUCCCCCUGAAGAUCCAGAGAUUGUAAGUAAGAGCAGCCAUUCUGUAACUCUGUCCUGGUUCACCCCCCUGAGCAACGGCGGCUGUGGCAUCCUAGGCUACAAUGUUGAGAGGAAACUCCCAGAUAGUGGUUGGCAGCUGUGCAACGAGGAGGUUAUUCCAAACACCGAGUUUGUGGUUGACAACCUCAGGCCAGGAGAGCCCUACCGAUUCCGCGUUGCUGCCAUCAACAAAGUGGGUGUUGGCAAACCGGUGCACAUCCCUCAGACCGUGCAGCUAGAGCCUCCGAUUACGAUCACUCAUCAUUUAGUAGGUAAGUCAGUCUUGGAAGGGGAGGUGGCCCACUUGGAGUGUGAGUUAUCCAGAGAAAGCCGAGAGGCGGUUACCUGGCUCAAAGGAAAAGAACGCAUACACGCUGGAGGAAGAUAUGAAAUAAUCUCUGAGGGCAAGAACCAGGCACUCCUUAUUCAUGCAUUCAAGCCUGAAGACCAAGGCUCGUAUACCUGUGUAGCUUCACCAAACGUCAAGUCCUCUGCCAGCUUGUCUCUUGAAGUUCCCACAGUGGCCAUGCUAAAAGAGGUCGUCCAGGAAGCACCUCCCAUGAGCAAACCUGAAGAGAUGGUAGAUGGUCAGAUCCAGCCCAGCUUGCCACCGGAGGCUGCUCAGGAGGGCGACCUGCACCUGCUUUGGGAAGCUCUGGCCAAGAAGCGAAGAAUGAGCAGGGAGCCGACCCUGGACUCCAUCAGCGAAGUGCCGGAAGAGGAUGAUAAGCUGCAGAAAGCGAAGAAGGAAGAAGCCGAGAUGUCUCGUUAUUACUCAGAGGAGUACUCCACAUGCGACGAGCUGACUAGAACAGGAGAAGCAGACUUUUCCUUGACAAGCUCAGAUGAUGAGUCUAGGGCUGGGACACCUUCACUUGUGACUUACCUCAAAAAAGUUGGGAAAUCUAGCAUUAGCGUCAGCGGCAAGGUUCAGACAAUCUCCACAAGUAAAACCUUGAAAGAGUGGGAGCAGUCUGGUGUUGAGGCUCCUGCACCUGCACCACCUCCCACACAGGCUGAGCCAGCAGCCCAAACAGAAGAGUUAGAUGAUCCUUCCAUGAACAAGGCAGCUGUGAAAAUUCAGGCUGCAUUCAAAGGGUACAAAGUGAGGAAGGAGAUCAAGCAGCAAGAAUGCCCCGUGUUUGUUGAAACCUUCAAGGACUUUAAUGGGGAGCUGGGGAGCACCCUGCAUCUUGAGUGCCUGGCCCAGAGCAAAACCGAUAUGAAGGUCCGUUGGCUGAAGGACGGGGAGGAACUUUCCGAUGGGCGCCACUAUCACAUAGAUAAUUACAGCGAUGGGACCUGCUCCUUGAUCAUCACUGGCCUAGAUAUGCAGGAUACAGGGACUUACACCUGUGAGGCAUCCAAUAAAUUUGGGAAGGUUUCUCACAGUGCAAAGGUGGUGGUUGGCAGCCAGGUGCUGGAGGUGCCUCGUAAGCACAAGCCGGCAAAGCGCGUCAAGGACAGCGAGGCUGACAGCUCCUCCGGCAGCGAACUGGAUGACGCCUUCCGCAAAGCAGGAAGAAGGCUUCAUAAGAUCUUCAAAUCCAAGAUCCCCACAGAGGUGUCGGAUGUGGAGGAAGAGCUGUUUGUCAGCGCAGAUGAAGGGGACGAAGAGGCGGUGGAUCACCAGACAUACCGCGAGGACGAUCGGUACAUCUACAUCAAGUUCGAAAUCCUGGCGGAGGCAAAAACAGCCGCUAGCCGCUUCCAAGAGAUGUUUGCUGCUCUGGGUAUCCCUGUAGAGAUUGACAUCCUGGACCAGGGCCCUAAGAAAAUCGAGCUGCGCAUCGGGAAGGCAAUGCCGCCUGCCCAAGGUCAGAUUCCAGCCCUAGCGAAAAGACCUCCACCGCCUCUGCUGACUUCUGAUACAGCUCCCAUCUUCAUAACUGAGCUCCAGAACCAAGAGGUGCAAGACGGCUAUCCAGUCAGCUUUGAUUGUGUCGUUAUCGGCAAACCUCUGCCCACUGUGCGCUGGUUCAAGGAUGGGAAAGUCCUCGAAGAAGAUGAUCAUUAUAUGAUCAAUGAAGACCAAGAAGGCUGCCACCAGCUUAUCAUCACAGCUGUAGUCCCUACUGACAUGGGCGUCUACCGCUGUCUUGCUGAAAACAGCAUGGGAGUGGCUUCGACCAAGGCUGAAUUGAGAGUGGACCUGACCAGUACUGACUAUGAUACAGCAGCAGAUGCAACAGAGACAUCAUCUUAUUACAGUGCCAAAGGAUACGUCUCAAGCCGGGAACAAGAGGAGUCCACCACUGAAGAGGAGCAGCUGCCUCAGAUCCUAGAUGAGCUUCAUGAUAUUCACGUAGCUCCUGGGGCACCCUUGGCUAAAUUUCACCUGAAGGUGAAAGGGUACCCUGAACCUCGCCUCUACUGGUUCAAAGAUGGGCAGCCAUUACAUGCUUCAGACCGAAUCCUAAAGACUGAGAAGAAAGAUUUUAAUGCGCUGGAAGUUCUCAGUGUCACGAAGGAAGAUGCCGGUCAAUACUCAGCAUUUAUUACCAACUCUGCCGGCUCUGCAUAUACCUCAGCCAGGCUGGUGGUCAAAGAUCCCGAGGAGAAGGAAGAACCACCAGAAACAGAUGCCCAAGAACAGCUGGUACCACCCAGGUUCCUGGAAAGAUUUACCAAUAAGAGAGUGAAGAAAGGUGUAAGCAUCACCUUCUCAGUGAAGGUUGAAGGAAACCCACUGCCCAGCAUUACUUGGCUGAAAGAAGAAUCUAAGGAAGACGUCCUCUGGAUCAAGCCGGAGACCCCGGGGUACAAACUUGCCAGUUCCAACAUGCAUCACAGCCUGAUCCUGCUGGAUGUUGGAAAGAAGCACAGCGGGACCUACACUUGCAUUGCCACCAACACGGCUGGCCAGUCCAUCUGCACCGCCUCCCUCGACGUUCUGGACGUAAAAGAGGCUGAAGUGCUGACGCAGGAGCGCAUCAUGGUGACAGAAGCCGUAAUGACCACGCUCGGGUAUGAUGGAGACAGGGACAGAAAAGAACAUGGAAUUGGCAUCUCUGUCCUGCCUCCUGAACCAGGCAAAAGAGAGCUUUUAGAAGGUGAAGCUGGUAGAGAAGGUGUGUCCAGAAGUCAAAUUUCAUUAUCUGAUGUUGGAACGGAAGAAUUCCUCCAGAAACUCACCUCCCAGAUCACAGAAAUAGUGUCUGCAAAAAUAAGUCAGGCCACGCUUCGUGUACCUGGGGCAGACAGUGAUGACGAGUCCAAGACCCCGUCACCAUCUCCGCGUCACGGCAGGUCCAGACCUUCGUCGAUCGCUCAGGAAUCCUCUUCUGAAUCUGAAGACGGGGAUGCAAGAGGGGAGCUGUCCCCUGAGUGGGGAGCGCCAGAGGUUCCUGAGUUCCCUGGAGAGUCUCUGUCUGAAGAUGAAUAUAAGAAGAAGCUGAACCUUAUUAUUCAGGAACUACUGAAUUCAGAGGAGGAGUUUGUCAGGGAUCUGCAGUUCCUCCAGACUCACCAUCUGCACCACAUCGAGACCUACCCCAGUGUCCCAGCGCCUGUGGCCAGUCAGAAGUCCACCAUCUUCAGAAAUGUCGAUGACAUUGCUCACUUCCAUUGCAGCGCUUUCUUCCCAGACCUGAAAAAAUGCGACACCGAUGACGAUGUGGCCAUGUGCUUCAUUAAGAACGAGGAGGAUUUUGAUAAGUACAUCCAGUAUCUGGUGGGACGGAUACAGGCUGAGUCCGUCGUUGUCAGCAAAGCUGUUCAGGACUUCUACAAGAGAUACUCCGAGGAAACGUUAGCUAGCGAGGAUCCGUCUCAGCCACCUGUCCCCCCACUGCAGCACUACCUGGAGAGACCCAUACACAGGAUCCAGCAGUAUCAAACUGUCAUCAAGGAAUUAAUCCGGAACAAAGCAAGAAACCGGCAAAACUGCGCACUGCUGGAACAGGCUUAUGCCAUUGUCUCGGCACUCACCCGGAGAGCGGAAAACAACCUCCAUGUCUCACUGAUCGAGAACUACCCAGGGACGUUGGAGAUCCUUGGAGAACCUAUUCGACAGGGUCACUUCAUUGUGUGGGAAGGAGCACCAGGAGCCAGAAUGGCAUGGAAAGGUCACAACCGCCAUGUCUUCCUCUUCAAGAGUUACAUUCUGAUAUGCAAACCCAAACGGGACACCAGGACAGACACCUAUAGCUACACCUUCAAGAACAUGAUGAAGCUGUCAAACAUAGAUGUGAAUGACCAAGUGGAAGGAGAUGAACGGGCCUUUGAGAUCUGGCAUGAGCGAGAGGACUCAGUCCGCAAGUACCUACUUCAAGCUCGUACAGUCAUCAUCAAGAACUCCUGGGUGAAAGAAAUCUCUGGCAUACAGCAGCGUAUCAGCCUGCCUGUGUGGAUACCUCCGGACUUUGAGGAAGAGCUGGCUGACUGUACAGCUGAGGUGGGCGAAACAGUCAAGUUGGCCUGCAAAGUUACAGGAGCCCCUAAGCCAGUCAUCAGCUGGUAUAAAGAUGGCAAACCAGUGGUGGUGGACCCACAUCACAUUAUAAUAGAAGAUCCUGACGGCUCAUGCACAUUGAUCUUGGACAAUCUGACAGGUGUCGACUCAGGACAAUACAUGUGCUUUGCGGCCAGCCCCGCCGGUAAUGCCAGCACGCUAGGAAAGAUCCUUGUUCAAGUGCCACCAAGGUUUGUGAACAAGGUUAGAAAUGCUUAUUAUGUUGAAGGAGAAGAUGUUCAGUUCACCUGUACCAUCGAAGGAGCACCUUUCCCUCAGAUCAGGUGGUUCAAAGAUGAUGUUCUGCUGACCGAUACCACUAAAUACCAGACUUUCAGUGAGCCACGGAGUGGCGUGUUAGUCCUGGUGAUCAAAAACCCCUCUAAGGAAGACGUGGGAUACUAUGAAUGUGAGCUGGUGAACAGAUUAGGGUCAGCAAAGAGCGGAGCAGAGCUUUACCACCAGGGCAUGGCAUUGCUGACCCAGGAGCGGAGAGGAGACCAGGCCAUCACCAUAGAAGUCACUGAACAAGAGACUAAAGUGCCCAAGAAAACCAUCAUCAUAGAGGAAACGAUAACAACCGUGGUGAAGACCCCAAGGCAAAAGCGAAGGGUGUCUCCUGCCCGGCCUCCUUCAGGACACUCUCCAUCUCGGUCUCCACGACCAGAGCUAUCGAUGCCAGAGCCCGUUUACAUUUCGAAGGUCCAGCAGCCUGUACACAAGCAGGAGAAAGAGGUGGUUCUGAAAGGCGCCAUCCCCGUGCUUUUUGUGACGGAGCCAGAUGAAAGACAAGGAGCGGCAUCUAGAGAUAUCAUCAUAGAAGCCAAGGCGGAAGAACAGAAACCCAAAUGGGUUGAAGUGGAGGAAAUCAUUGAAUUCAAGGUGAAAAAACCACAAAAAACUACAAGGAAGAGAGGAGCGUCCCCAGUGAAACAAGAAAAAGAUGACUCGGGCGUGCUAACAUUCACUCUGCCUGGUCCCAGACCUAGGCAUUCCCCAGAAGAUGAUCCAAACACUAAUAACUCCAACAAUAAAUUAGUAGAGCAAGCCAAGUCUUCCCUUCCUACUGACAGUCUUUCAGAAGUUGACAUCCCUCCCCUGGCCUACGGAGAUGACCAGGAAGGAGACCCAGUCAGCAGUGAUAACAUGAGUUCUCAGUGUGGGCCCGAACAGUUAGGCAGCACUUCUUUUAUCGAUUGUGGGACUGAAGGAAAGACCUGCACGCAGGAAGUAAGUGAGGGCAGUGGUUCAGAAACUACUUCACCACUGCUUGCCUGUGGGGGUGAACCCUUAACCUUCAGCUUUGAGACAGCUGAUGUAAGGAAAUAUGACCUCCUACAUUCGCAAGCGAGUGCGGAGGUUAAAAAAGAUGCUGCUGAUGAGUUAGAAGUACCGUGGACUGCUGAAAAGGCAGUGCUGGAGCCAGUGCAAGAUGAGGGUCUUCCAGAAGGAGACAAUAUUGUUAUAAUUGAUGAGCCCGAAGAACUAGAAAGAGUUGAUAUUAGCAACCGGGACCCCAAAAUCCUGACCCACAAUGGGAAGGCGUUGACUCUGGAAGACCUUGAAGACUACGUUCCUGAAGAAGGCGAGACAUAUGGGUGUGACAACCAGAACUACCCCAGAGACAAACCUUGUGAGAUCUCUGUGCUUCAGACAGAAAUUAAUGAACCGACCAUCGGGAAGCCAGUGCUGCUGAAUCUGGGGAGAUCUGUGGCUCCUAAGCCAAAGCAAAGCUUCUUCAGCAAGUUCAAGGAGCACCUUCCCGGAGGCACGUUCAUGUCAGCAUCGAGAGUAACAGGAAUGCAGUCCAUGGGUCCGUCCAACGUUUCUUUCCACGUCAGUGAAACUUGCACAGCAGCAACAGCACCUGGCAUAUCGCCGGGACCCUCUUUUAAAAUGAAGCCAUCCUUCUGUACCGAAGUCCAGCUCUCACCGGACAAUGGACAGUCCAGCUUUAAAACUGAAGUUUCCACCAGAACCGUCAGCUAUGGCACUAUCGGAGAGCCCGUUAUGUUGCACAUCAGCACGGAGGACCCCUCCCAAAGCUGAGCAGAUACGAGCCUGAUCCUUAAAAUAAAGCCAUAUGUAAAUAAGUAACAAGCAAGCAAAUGAACAAAGGUCUAGGAUGGGAGGAAUGAGUGGUGAGAAGCACAAAGAAGAAAAG